AUGCUGGGGAAUGGCUCGCUGCGGAACUGCUGCGAGCUGGGCGGGCGAGGGGGCUUCGGCUUGGCGGGGCGGGAGGCGGCGGCCCGGCGGCCGGCCUGGGUGUGCCCGGCGCUGUCCAGCGUGCUGAUCUUCACCACCGUGGUGGACAUCGUGGGCAACCUGCUGGUCGUCGUCUCGGUCUUCAAGAACCGCAAGCUCCGGAACUCAGGUAAUGCAUUUGUGGUUAGCCUGGCAUUGGCAGACCUGGUGGUGGCCUUGUAUCCAUAUCCACUGGUGCUCUUAGCCAUUUUCCACAAUGGAUGGUCCUUGGGCGAAAUGCACUGUAAACUGAGUGGCUUUGUGAUGGGACUAAGUGUAAUAGGUUCCAUUUUCAACAUUGCUGCAAUUGCAAUAAACAGAUACUGUUACAUAUGCCAUAGCUUUGCUUAUGACAAAGUGUAUACCUGGUGGAACACAAUGCUAUACGUCUGCCUAAUUUGGGCGUUAACAGUUGUUGCAAUCGUGCCAAAUUUUUUCGUUGGCUCUUUAGAGUAUGAUCCGCGCAUCUAUUCAUGCACUUUUGUUCAGACUGCUAGCUCCUAUUACACCAUCGCUGUUGUCAUAAUUCAUUUCAUAGUACCUAUCACUAUUGUGAGCUUCUGCUACUUUCGGAUUUGGAUCUUAGUGAUUCAAGUAAGAAGAAGAGUCAAAUCAGAAAUAAAACCAAGACUGAAGCCGAGUGACUUCAGAAACUUUCUCACAAUGUUUGUGGUUUUCGUGAUCUUUGCCUUUUGUUGGGCACCACUAAACUUAAUUGGAUUAGCUGUAGCUAUCAAUCCUUUGGAAAUGGCACCAAAAAUUCCUGAGUGGUUGUUCGUCGUAAGCUAUUUCAUGGCCUACUUCAACAGUUGCCUUAACGCAAUAAUAUACGGACUUCUUAACCAGAAUUUUCGGAAAGAAUAUAAACGAAUCCUAAUGUCACUGUGGAAGCCAAAGCUUUUCUUUCAGGACACAUCCAAAGGGGGGACUGAAGGUCAGAAGAGCAAGCCUUCUCCUGUUUUAAACAACAAUGACCAAAUCAAAACUGAUACCUUGUAA